GCGAGAGCCUCCUCAGAGAGCGUCGCUCGAUCAGCCUGGAGACGCUCUGGCCUCCAUUGACGUUGUCGUUCGCUUAUGGUGGGCAGGUCUAGUGAAGGUUGAAAUAGGUGUCUGCAACCAAAAUGGCGGAUGAGGGAAGUGAGUUAGCGAAGGAGAAGGUAAUCCAUUAGGGGUCGGUUGAAGUACAAUGAUUCGCAUCACUUCACCUGAUUUAGAUUGUGCACAGUCAGGGCAAGCUGCGGUACGGUUUGUGCAAGUUCUACAUCCGAAUGUUCUAAUCUGUUAUUGUAUAAAGUGUGUGCUUUGUGACUGUGCUGAAUGGCACACAGGCAGGCAGUGAAUAAUGCCCAGAGUGAUAGAAUGCCCAUCAUAUGUUCAAUCAGACUGCACCAUAAAUAAAACAUUGCAUACAGUAUAUGUCACCUGUGUGUUAAAGGGACAUUCCAAGAACCAUAACCAAUACAGCCCUCUAUAGUGCUGCUCUACCACUGUAAUUUCAUUUUUAAAUACAGUUGCACAGCUCACUGGCUGCCAGCUGUGACAUCUUAAUUCUCCUUGAAGGAGAAUCCGAUUAGCUCCUCUGAGCUAGAUAGGUCUGUGCAGGAUUGCACUCAUUGGAUGAGAGCGUCAUGGAUCGGUCAUGCUUUAUGCCAUAUGAAGGCAUCUGGCUUCUUCUGCAGGAGGGAAAUCCUGGCACCAUAACAACUACCGCCCUUCUCCGGUCCACUCAGAGCCAGAGAUAAGCCCUGCACCACCACACUCACUUGCUCAAAGGAGAUGGUGCAUUGGAUCUCUAUCCAAUGCACAAUUCCCCCCCCCUCCCUUUCCCCUUUCCCAGCUCAGAGUGCAAAUGGUCCAAUCAAAGGCUUCUUUCUCUAUGAGAACUGUUUGGAUCUCUACAGAGCUCCCAUGAAUUCUUCGCAGCACUGGGAGAAUUUAUUCAUCCAUGAAAUAAUGUUAAAGGGACACUGUAGGCACCCAGACCACUUCAGCUCAUUGAAGUGGUCUGGGUGCUGUGUCCCUUUUGAACUUUGUUGACAUUGCAGCUCUAAGUCUACCAGACAGCCACUAGAAGGCUUCCUGAAUCGAAACAGACCUUUAGUCCAGUAUCUGACGCUGGACGUCCUCACGCUCUGCAUCAGGACCUUCAGCGUCAUUUUUCCCAAUUGGAAAGCAUUGAUUAAUGCUUUUCUUUGGGGAAAAUCCUAACGUGAGUGCGGCCAUUGCCGCACAUGCGGAUUAGGUCUCCCCUGCCACCUUUGGCAGUGGAGGAGCAUGGGUGGAGCCUGACCCAGUCCCGAGGGACAUUGGUGCAGGCUUCAGGUAAGGGAGCAGAGGCACGAGGGAAUGGCUUUGUUUUCCUGGCACUAUAGAUUCCCUUUAAGUCUGGAUCAAGCAUACUAGCAUAUCUUUGAAAUUCCCAUGCGGAAUAAAAAUUGCACUCAGCUGAUGCAUUGAUUGUAAGAGUUUAUCGGCAUUGUCAUCCAAAUAUGGCUGAAAUCAAUGCUGCUAAUGCUGAAAUAGAGAUUUCACUUUUGCAAUAUCAGCACCUGGAGGCUGGGUCCCAGGUGCUUUGAGCUUUGGUUAAACUGGAAAUGUUUUGAUCCAGAAACAGGGAGAGGCAUCUGCUGCCUAAUGGAAUCAUAACUAUUACACUGUAUUGUACCUGGUGCUUAGACAACCCUUUUUAGAGGGCAUAGGCUUUAUUUUCCUAUAUAAACUGAAAAACAUUAAGAUAUUUAUCAAUUAUGAAGAUUAAACAUAAGGAUUGCAGUAGGUAGGGGUCUUUUAGAGACUACUAAACAAUAAAUUGUAUUGUAAAUUAAAAUCCAAAUGGCUAAAUGUAGGCAAAAAUAGCUGGUCUGAAAUUAUCUUUCAAUUUAACUAUAAUCACAGUUUCACUAUUUUAGUUUCCAUUUUUGCAAGGAAUUGAUUUGCUACAAAUCAGAGUUUAGUGAAUAGCCCUGCUAUUCUUCCUCCAUUUAAUAACAAGUCCUAAUCUUUUCUUCCUAGUCCUUUAAAUUAUUGGGAAUUCUUGAUGUUCGAAACACACCAUGUGUCCGAGAAUCCAUACUUUUUGGAUCUGUUGGCUCUUUGGUUAUCGGAGUUGGACACUUUCUGGCAACAAGUAAGUGACAUACCUGUGAAACUAAUUUUACCCCCUCCAGUACUAAAAUAAAUUUUAAAUUGUCCUUGAAAUAUUGAGAGUUAAAAUAUGCAAUGAUACCUCCGUUCUCCCAAUACCAUCGCCAAUUUUUUUUUUUUUUUUUACAAAUCCCCUUCCUUCGCCGGCUCAGAGCCCUCGCAUGCACCUUGAGCCAGGAAAAAAUUGGUCCAAUUAAAAGUUCAAUAUGAGAUGUUUUCGAUGUGACAUCAGACGGGGGGUGCGCCGGGAGCGUUUUUUGGAUUAAUGUAAGUGCCCUUUGAACAUUUUUCUCAGGGGAACUGAGCGAUCACAUGGCCCCCGGGGGCUUCUUUUGCCAGGGAGGGCUGGCUGGGCUGUCAGGCAGUCCUCCCGAAGCGGAGCGCCGGGAAGGUAAGUAUUUCUGAGGCUCCAGGGCUCAAAGCCGUUACGGCGUUCUAUGCCGACGCAACGGCUUUAAAGCCCUUUUAAUGCGGGACGGCAUAGAACGCCGUAACAGCGUUAAGGGGUUAAACACGAUUUGUGAAACUGUUUAACAUAUGUUUGUUUAUACAGUGAGGGGGAAAAGUAUUUGAUCCCCUGCUGAUUUUGAACGUUUGCCCACUGACAAAGAAAUGAUCAGUCUAUAAUUUUAAUGGUAGGUGUAUUUUAACAGUGAGAGACAGAAUAACAAAACAAAAAAAUCCAGAAAAGUGCAUGUCAAAGUUAUAAAUUGAUUUGCAUGUCAAUGAGUUAAAUAAGUAUUUGAUUAUCUAUCAAUCAGCAAGAUUUCUGGCUCCCAGAUGUCUUUUAUACAGGUAAUGAGCUGAGAUUAGGAGCACUCUCUUAAAGUGCUCGUUACCUGUAUAAAAUACACCUGUCCCCAGAAGCAAUCAAUCAGAUUCCAAACUCUGUCUAGCCAAGACCAAAGAGCUGUCCAAGGAUGUCAGGGACAAGACUGUAGACCUACACAAGGCUGGAAUGGGCUACAAGACCAUCGCCAAGGAGCUUAGUAAGAAGGUGACAACAGUUGGUGUGAUUAUUUGCAAAUGAAAGAAAAACAAAAUAACUGUUCGUCUCCCUCGGUCUGGUGCUCUAUGCAAGAUCUCACCUCGUGGAGUUUCAGUGAUCAUAAGAAUCAGCUCAGAACUACACUGGAGGAUCUUGUUAAGGAUCUCAAGGCAGCUGGGACCAUAGUCACCAAGAAAACAAUUGGUCAAACAUUAUGCCGUGAAGGCCUCAAAUCCUGCAGCGCCCGCAAGGUCCUCCUGCUCAAGAAAGCACAUGUACAGGCCCGUCUGAAGUUUGCCAAUGCACAUCUGAAUGAUUCAGAGGAGAACUGGGUGAAAGUGUUGUGGUCAGAUGAGACCAAAAUCAAGCUCUUUGGCCUCAACUUGCCGUGAUUGGAGGAAGAGGAAUGCUGCCUAUGACCCCAAGAACAACAUCCCCACCUUCAAACAAGGAGGUGGAAACAUUAUGCUUUUGGGGAUGUUUUUCUGCUAAGGGGACAGGACAACUGCACCACAUCAAAGGGAUGAUGGACAGGGCCAUGUACCAUCAAAUCUUGGGUGAGAACCUCCUUUCCUCAGCCAGGGUAUUGAAAAUGGGUCGUGGGUGGGUAUUCCAGCAUGACAAUGACCCAAAUCACACAGCCAAGGCAACAAAGGAGUGGCUCAAGAAGAAGCACAUAAAGCUCAUGGAGAUACUACCAUAUCCCUUCCUGUUCUUUUCAGGUUGUAUGCUCUAUAUAUUAUUUUGUGCUAUACCACCCUUCUUAUUAUACUUCCCCACGGUGUUUAUAUACUAUAUCUUGGUUUUUAACAAAGUCCUGGAGUGGCCUAGCCAGUCUCCAGACCUUAAUCCCAUAGAAAAUCUGUGGAGGGAGCUGAAAGUUUGAGUUGCCAAACGUCUGCCUCGAAACCUUAACGACUUGGAGAGGAUCUGCAAAGAGGAGUGGGACAGAAUCCCUCCUGAGAUGUGUGCAAACCUGGUGGCCAACUACAAGAAACCUUUGACCUCUGUGAUUGCCAACAAGGGUUUUGUCACCAAGUACUAAGUCGAAGGGGUCAAAUACUUAUUUCACUCAUUGACAUGCAAAUCAAUUUAUAACUUUUUUGACAUGCGUUUUUCUGGAUUUUUGUCUUGUAAUUCUGUCUCUCACAGAAUUUUCUGUUAAAAUACACCUGCCAUUAAAAAUAUACACAGAUUAUUACUUUGUCAGUGGGCAAACGUGCAAAAUCAGCAGGGGAUCACAUUAUGUUUUACCUCACUGUAUGUAUAUAUUUGUAAAGAAUGUUUGUACUUACUUUUAGUGAAAUCUUUUAGCUGGUCCUCUUUUGCUAAGCGCCCGGAGGUAGCUGCGCGCCGCCCAGUAGCUCCACCCAGUGUCAAGAAGUGUCCCUACUUUGUCUCAGUAUAUCUUUUGGCUGGAUUGGAAUUGUAGGGGGUGGGGCGGAACAGUGCCACUUUAAGUUUCCUUAUAUGCUAUCUUUGCAAUCAAGUUUAUUAGUUAAAAGUUAAUCUGUAUAAUGGUUCCAGGGUUUAAAAUGUCUUCUUACCCACUAGACACCUACAAGUGGCAUUUCAGCCCUGACAAAUGUGCCAUGGAUUCCCAGUGCAUGGUAGGAUCCUCAGUGAUGUUUUCAAUCAGCACCUUAUUAUUACAGGAUAUACUACUAAAAUUUCUGUCAAUCGAUAUUUGGGCAUCGCCUGUUUGGUAUAGAGUUUAGAAAUCUGCCCAUCCCAAACACACUGCAGAGAGUUCUUCAAAAGCUGCAGCAUACCACCUGACAGGCUGCCAGAUUUAUAACAGAAAAACUUAGGAGAAAGUUCCUCUGUCUUCCUCCUUAUAUACAUAGAUGUGCACAAAUGCACUUUCAAAAAACAAAAACAAAACGUAAAUGUUAGUCAUGGCCCUUGAACUUCACAGGCAACUAACUGCAAGACAUCCUUCAAUGCUUGCACCCACAUGCUUGAACUUGUAGAUGCAGUGCAGAUCAUUUGAGGGCACGUCAGUUGCAUCUACAUCUGUCUUGUACUUUCUUCAAGGAGACAUAAGACAAUAUAUUUGUAGGUCUAAGUAGAAGCUUAUUGGUGUUAAAUCAUUGUAAUCUUGGUUAGCACAGAGCACCUGGCUAUGUGGUGUUUUGCACUGUGUGAGGUUGGAGUCGACUUACACUGCGCAAUCUGCACAUGGGGAUUACAGACUUCAUUGUAUUUUAAAUGCACAUCAAGACUUCACAAUGCAGAGUCCUCCUUACUUGGGUAAAAGCUGCCUCUGACAAAGGAUCAAUUGCACUUGGUGUCAAAUAAAAAUAAAAAGAUAUGUUAAUAUGUGUAUGCAUUAAAACAAAGCAUGUUACUUAUUAGAGAGAAAAAAAUGAAAAUUUUCCUAUAAAAUGGAACUCCAUGGGAGAUGGUUUUUCAUGUAUAAUGGCAAUUCUUUUAUGUCUAGUUUUCAACAGUCAUGUGUUGCACCUUCUUACAUGAUUAUAGAGUAAGGUGGGAUUUGUAGCGAAUCGAAGAGGAGCAUUUUUUUUUUGUAAAUUCCGCUAUUUUGGUCAAAAUAUUUAAAUAGAAUUUAAGGCAACUCACAUGUUGGUGAAUAACUCUGUAUGACAUUAUCUUCAACAAAGAGAUGUCUGAAAUCUGUCAGCCAAUCCUGUCCUUACAUAACAAACUUUUGCAUCAGCAUUCUGCUCAUAUUAUGUUUAGACAGUAUUCACUGGCUGAGAUCUAUCAUCAGUUAGUAUAAUAAUGCGGAUCUCAAACGGGAAAAAGUACAUGCUCCCAACACAGCAAACUGAUAAAUAUUCAUAAUAGUUUGACAGGUAUCCACCAGGCGAUGACCGGGUACUCCUAGCACUAUAGUACAACAAUAGUGUUGCAGGGAGGACAUACUUAUUUCCCAUUCAUUAUUCACAAUAGGUGCAAACCUUGAUGGGGGAGGGAGAGGGGGGGUGUGGGAGAGUGAGAGAGAGAGUGAGUGUGUGUGUGUAUGUAUGUAUAUAUGUAUGUAUAUGUAUAUGUAUAUAUAUAUAUAUAUAUAUAUAUAUAAACACAUGCACCCCCCCAAUCCCUUGCACUCAUGCCACAAUUAUUGAUUAUAGACUCCUGGCACUAUAAACACUACAGAACUUUGUAGUGGUAACGAUGCUUAGCGUCCCUUCAACAAUAUAAAUGAGUGUUUACCUUGCCAUGGGCAUGCCAAAAAGCUUUGUUGACAUAGGGCUUUGAAUUUAUUUUAUUUUUUUUUAAAUAACUUUGAUACAAGCCGUUUUAAAAAAAUUUAUUUUUGAGUAAGUGGCUUCUUUUCGUUACAGGUAGAGUUAGACGUUCUUGUGACCUAGCUGUUGGAGGAUUUAUUCUCACUACACUUAGCUCUUGGUAAGUGGUGGCAGUGGUGUAUUUAUAAAAAAAAAAAUAGAAAAUUAGGGAUGCAUGAAUAACAUGAAAAAGGAAGAACAUGUUUUAUUCAAACACAAAAAUGGAGAUGUCACAAUGUUUAAGCCAUAACUCAUUUUAUUACAAAAGUGUAAUGAUAUCAACAUGCUUGUACUUCUCCAAUGCAGCUUCCAUAUGCAAAUAACGCACCAACAGGUUAUACAGUGUGAAUAUCCACAAACUGUUACUACACAUGUGAAAAUACUGAAAUUUGGUUUAUGAUAAGGAUAUUGCUAAACGAAGUCAUCUUAGUUCAUGUAAAACUAAAUAUACAAAAUAUGUAUUUAGAGGUCCAUAGAUAGCAGAUGGGAAGAUAUCAAAUAAACUUUUUUUUUUUAUUAUUCAGACCCCUUUUUUUACUGGCCAAGUUUAUUGAAGAACCUAAAACUGUGGAUCCUUUUCUGGCUUGUUGUGAUUGACUUAUAUUCUAAAUAGGUCCCAGACUUAACAAAAAUCUAAUCGCAAAAAAUGGAGCAUACUUUCUUGAAAUAAGGGUGAGACCAGUUUUUGUGAUUUCCAAAGAGGGGGCACCCAGUGUGCCAAAUUCAAGGGUCAUCAGAGAGACUGUCCCUUCACUUUACUGCUGAGAUUUCUAAUGUGAGUUUUGUCUACUCCAUAGUGAUGUAAUUGGCUACUCUACUGUUGUCGGCAACUAACCCCUCUUUCACAUCUUCAAGAUUGUAUUUGUAUUUGCUACAGGAGGCCUCAAAAUGUCCACUAGACAUUAGUAAAUGACAAUAUAGAAAAAUGCAAAUGCACAUUCACCCUGGUGAAUAUGCUAUGACUUGUAGUGGUAAUGUUGAAGGGCUGGCUAGUGGCAGAGGACUUCACAUUUUUAGCCCUGGCUAGUGACAUAUGACUUCAAAUUUUAAAGGGACACUAUAGUCACCCAGACCACUUCAGCUCAAUUAAGUGGUCUGGGUGCCAGGCCCCUCAGGUUUUAACCCUUCAGAUGCAAACAUAGCAGUUUCAGAGAAACUGCUAUGUUUACAUUUGGGGUUAAUCCAGCCUCUAGUGGCUGUCUUCCGGACAGCCACUAGAGGCGCAUCUACGACGCUGGAGGCAUAUUUCACCUCCAUCACGCAGAGUGUCCAUAGGAAAGCAUUGAGAAAUGAUUUCCUAUGGACACUUUGAAUGCACGCGCGGCACUUGCCGCGCAUUCAGCUCCGCUGACGUCGGCAGGGGGAGGAGAGGUCACGAGCGCCGAGGGAGCCCGGUGCUGGAAUAAGGUAAGCUGCUGAAGGGGUUUUAACUACUUCAGCGCCACGGGAGGGGGACCCUGAGGGUGGGGGCACCCUCAGGCCCUAUAGUGUCAGGAAAACCGUUUUCCUGACACUAUAGUGAUCCUUUAAGCCUAGUUUAGGUGCAGACUCAAUUUUUAAUGUUGAAAUCGUAUGCUACAAUUGUUUAACUUGUUUUUAAAAAUUUUUACAUCGCCACUGGGUGUUCCGUGGCCAUGGGGCAGGUAUUGGUAACCUUUACUUAACUGAAUCUUGCCCUCAUGGGCAUGGCCAUCUUUAUCCGGUGGGUGCUCUUCAGAGCCAGGAGCUGAUGUCAAUGCACGCGCAAGAAUACAGCAUUGAGGUUUUUGGAGGAUCACACAAGACACAGCCAAUUUCCUGCAGAGGAGAAAUAUAGAGACAAAGUGGUCCCUAUUUCAGUGAAAUUCCAACAUAGUCAAAAUUUGUAUUUCAUAAAGAUUCAUUUUUCGGGGGGUGGAAGGGUUUGUGAUAAUGCUGCUUUAACCAUUGUAUCACUCAGCCUUGCUGAUUUUUACUUUAAAGCACCAUGGGCGCUUAAGUGAUUUGAAUGGUCAUAGUGUCUGAAGUGUAUGUGUAGUGUUUAGAUAUGAAAUUCUGAACAAAUAGAGUUUAACCCCUCUGAUGCUGGAAGUAUAAUUCUGGUGGCAUCAUUGUGGCAUAGUUAGGCAGCCCGGAACAAGAGUUCUGGACUGGCUGUCAGUUAUGUGCAAAUUUUUAUGCACAAAGGGUUAUUCACUGUACGAGAGCGAUAAGUUGAUGCUCUCAGCUAGUGCCUUGUGCUGCUCAUGUUCUGCUAUGAUAUACUAGGAGGAAUAACGUCAUCAGUGGGGGAUCUGCCUGCAGGGAAAACUUGGCCUUGCCACUAGAACAGUGAUAAUUUUUAGGUGUAUUUGCUUUUAAUGUGGGAGGGGGAGGCAAACAUGGCAUUUUAACAGGUAAUAUUGUAACUCUAAUGUGCACUUUUGCAGAACAAAUGGGUUUAGCUACAGCACCCGAUUACAAUAAACCUCAUUAUUAGUUGGGCAUUGUAGACGUGCAAAUGUAUGUAUUUUUCCUGUAUUUCACACUUGUGCAGUUUUUGAUGUGUCUCACCAGUCUAUGUCCAACUACAGUAAAGACACAAGAUUUAUAAUCUGCAAAGUACAGCUCCCAAGUACAGAAAUAUUACACAUGCUGGGAUUUGUAGGAUGUUUGUGAAGUUAUACAUUCAGAUAGGUGACCUGCCCAUUUCAGUUUUGGAAUUUUCACAGAUUGGUUUACUGAAAGUAUGUCACUCUUGGAGCAAAAUUGCCAGUUUAAAUUGCCUUUAAAAAACAAGUUUUGCGAUUGCACUCAGACCUAGCUUAGGACAGAUUAUUCACUAGUGAGGGAGUUCAACAAUAGACCACCACCACAAUUGCUGCCAGUGGCAUCCAAUCUGGAAUGGUGCAACCGAAAUUGGAUGCCAAUGCCAAAAUCAUUUCUGGUUAGUGGGAGCUGGUGCAUGCCACAAUCCAGGCAUGAGACAUUCAGCAAUAGCAUUACUAAUAAAUAUAAAAAGGAUACUCCGUGUUUGUAAAUUACUUAUAUAGUUCAAGACAGCAUAACACCCAGAUCCGGUGUCUCUCUAGUCCAGUAAAAUCACAGUCAAUAAAAGCAAAGGGGUUGGUGUAGCGCCUGGGUUGUCCCUACGAGAUAUAUGUAACGAUAAGAAGAAAAAGUAGGAACUGAUAGUGUAGUAAGUUGAUACAUUUUAGUAAGGAAUGAUAUGUAAAAUAGGUACUCACACCUUUUUUAUAGAGAUUUAGUUCAGCUCCAACUAAAGCACCUGGGUGGAAUGAUCCCCGCCUCAGGAUAUAGUGUAAAAGUGGGACAGCAGGCAAUACUUAUAGUAGUGGGUAUUCUCAAAGGAGUGAAACAGAAUAAAAUAAUAUAGUGUAGUAUUUUACCAAAGAUAAGUAGUUGUUAGGACGUACACUCACAUAUUAUUUAUUUAUAAAAUAUUUUACCAGGAAACAUACAUUGAGAUUUCUCUUGUUUUCAAGUAUGUCCUGGGUCUACAAAACAUUGCAUUGAUACAUUAGGGUACAAUAAAAUACAAAAACAAUAUUCAUUCACAAUAUAUACAAAAUUUAACAUAGAACAUAUAAGGGAGCCUCUAUUUUGGCUCCUGAAGUAUAGCAUGAAGUGGUAUGAUCCCCACUCUAGGAUAUAUAGGUGGUGCAAAUAUAGGAAAGAAAACUAAAACUGUGCACACUGUAAAAUAGGAGUGUAAGAACAAGUUUAAAAACCUAUGUACUAUAAUUUAAUGUAAUAUAUUUAAAAACUUUUUAUACUAUUAAAGGUUUAUGCAACAAUAUUUAAUUGAAGCCUAAAAUGGUAUGCCUCAAAAUUACAUUUUGAUAUCUGACAUUAAUUUUAUUCCCUUUAGGAUAUACUGUAGAUACAAUUCUGCAAAAUUAAGAAUACAACAAAAUAUGCUGAAAACUGCAAUGAAAAACAAGGUACUGUAUGAAGGAAGCAGUUUUGAUCCAACAGUACAAGAGAACAGAGGAAAGGACUCCUAAUUAUGUUUGAAUGAGAGCAUAUUAUUAACCAUGGACUUCUUAUUUACAGACAUGGACCUGGAAAAAAAAAAUGUCUGCAUAAUUCAAAGGCAAUCAACAUUAUACAGUCCUUUCUGAACAAAAUCACAUGUCCGUAUUUGUGGUUUGUGUUUUCUUGGAAUUAAAGAUAAUGUUUCCUUUUUUUAUUUUUUUUUUAUUUCCUUCAUGCAGUCACAACCCUUCAUAAUGGAGCACCUUUUUUUUUUGUAAAGUCGGGCAUGAGUCAUGGUCCAAAAUCACUUAAAUUUUUGAUCUUUGGGGUCUUGUCAGUAUGGUGAUGGUUCUAGUGUAGGAUUUUGUCUUUCUGCCGAUCUCACCCUGCUACUGAUCUUGUGUGCGUUCCAGAUGUUGCUUAGCAACAGUUUGGAAUGCUGUGUCUAUCUUCUCUGGGUGCUUCUGUCUGCUCGGCACUCCCACGUGCAAGCUGAACGCAGCUGCUGGACUCCACACACAUGAGGCUGGUGUUUUAUUAUGUAUAUAUAUAUAUAUAUGAGCUUGAAUCAUGUUGUCUGUGUUUUUACCAUCCUGAUGAAAGCCCAAAUAUGGGGCUGAAACUUUGAUUUGAUUUAUUUUGAACAUUAAAAGUUAAGUUUUAGUGAUAUUUACAAGUCCCUGAGUGCGGUUAUUCUCUGUUUAUUUAUUUAUUUAUAUAUAUAUAUAUAUAUAUAUAUAUAUAUUAUAUAUAUAUAUAUAUAUAUAUAUAUAUAUAAAUAAAGAAAAAAAGCACUGUACCUUGCACUCAAACUCCAUGUAUCCAAACCGGGUGCAC